AUGGAGGUUGGAUCUCAAGAAGAAAAGCCUCGGAGGUGGGGCCCCGAAGGCCCCAUGUGGGAACACGUAAUGCAGAUCCACAAUGUGAUGGAUGUCAGAUAUAAAAGUUGGACGGCGGAAGACCUCCAGGAAGCAUCGGGCCUCCCAGCUAUGGAGGUCGGGAGGUGCAUUAAGAGGCUUCUGGAAAUCGAGGAAAUCGUAGAGGUGAACAGCCCUGACUACGAGCCACGGGGGGAUACACAGUACAUGAAUGCUUAUUUUGCUGAAGAGGAAUUCAAUCCGUUCUUCGAGUUUUGGAGGAAGCAUUGUUUGGGGAUCAUAGACAGCCAGGAGGUGGUUUCUCUGGAGAGAAUUACACACCUGCUGCGGGUUAGCGCGCGUACUGGGCUCUCGCUCCAAAUGCCCGAACAGAGCGUCAAAGAGCUGUUGAUUGAUCCUCUGGUUCUCAGGAAUGGAGUGAUUGAAGUGGUGAGCAAUGGGAUGGGGGAGUUUGCUUCCAUACCUGCGGGCCAACUUUGUUAUAAGCGCCCCGCUUAA